CUUAAUGUUGAAAUUUGAAACUAUAUUCUGAAAUAUGAUACUUCUUUUACAAAUACAAUGAUUACUUGUUACAUAAGUAAACCGAUUUCAAGAUAUAAACCAACAAUGAGUGACACAAGACUAUGCAUUUGUGAAAAUGCACUUACUGGAUAUCUGACUAAAAUAUAACUAUGGCGAUGGGAUUUCAUACAAUGAAUGUGAAAAAGCGUAAUUUGAGUAAAUCAAUUGUGAUUUUUGGCACUUCACUCGAUGCACGUAAAUUCCAGAGGUAAAUUCUAAAGGGUCUUAAUUUCGAGUGGAGUUAUACACUUCAAAUUCAAGCCAGGAACAGUUGAAGGAAAAAAGAGUCCAAUCUACGCUUUUGCGAUGCCGGGUGCAAAUGCAAUGCUCUCAGAAGCUAGAGUGCUCAAGUUGUCAGUUGCUGGCAUAUUAAAUGGGAGUUUUAUACAACAAAAGCUUGUUCUUAUUGGCGAUGAAAAGACUGGCAAAACCCAGUUGUGUAGACAACUUACGAAGCAGGGGUUUGAAAACAAUUAUGUUGCCACGAUCGGCGCUGAGGUUCAUCCUCUCGUGUUCAAUACAAAUCGUGGUGUGGUCCAGUUCAACGUCUGGGAUACGCCAGGUCAGGAAAGGUUUGGAGGGUUGCGUGAUGGUUAUUUCAUCGGAGCAGCAUGUGGUAUAAUCAUGUUCGAUGUCACUUCAACACUUUCCUAUGAAAAUGCUUGCAAAUUGCAUAGGGAUCUCACUUGGAUUUAUGACAACAUUCCUAUUGUCAUGUGCGGAAACAAGCAUGACCUCAAGGAUAGGAAAGUUAAAGCAAAAAAUAUCACACUUCUGAGGAAGAAAAAAUUGAAAUAUUAUGGGAUAAGCACGAAGAGCAAAUACAAUAUAGAGAGACCGUUUUUGUGGCUGUCCCAGAAACUUACAGGUGACCCGAGCCUGCAGUUCUUGGAACCCAAGGACGUGAAACCCAAGGACGUGGAACCCAUGGACGUGGAUCUACAAAAUUAAUGUGGACCACUACGCUUUUUGUGUUGAAAACUAUAAUACAUGCAGGAUUAUCAGGGGCCAGUUGUGCAAAAGACUAGUUAACUUUUAACUGUAGUUAAGGACAGAAUUGGCCAGUCAGAGUCAAGUAUUUCUGAGUUAAUCGUAGGAUUUAACUAUGCAAAAUGUAGUUAUAGAACAAUUACACUA